CUCAGUGUCCUCAGUGAGGCUUGAGCAGACCGGACGAGACAGAAGCCCCAGGGGCCUUCAAGGUCACUCCGGACGCCCCCUCACUGACCCUCCAAGAGCCCCUUGUCCCCUGCUCUGCCUUCCGCAACCCCUGGCCUGAGACUCAGCAUGGCGGACCGGAGCAGCGAUGCGGCGGGGGACCCGCGCCCCGCGCCACCCCCUGUACGACGCCGCUCCUCAGCCAACUACCGCGCCUACGCCACGGAGCCGCACGCCAAGAAAAAGUCUAAGAUCUCCGCGUCGAGAAAACUGCAGCUGAAGACCCUGAUGCUGCAGAUUGCGAAACAGGAGCUGGAGCGGGAAGCAGAGGAGCGGCGAGGAGAGAAGGGGCGUGCUCUGAGCACGCGGUGCCAGCCUCUGGAGCUGGCCGGGCUGGGCUUCGCGGAUCUGCAGGAGUUGUGCCGACAGCUCCACGCCCGCGUGGACAAGGUGGAUGAGGAGAGAUACGACGUGGAGGCGAAAGUCACUAAGAACAUCACAGAGAUCGCAGAUCUGACCCAGAAGAUCUUUGACCUUCGGGGCAAGUUUAAGCGGCCCACUCUGCGUAGAGUGCGGAUCUCUGCGGAUGCCAUGAUGCAGGCACUGCUGGGGACCAGGGCUAAGGAGUCCUUAGACCUGCGGGCCCACCUCAAGCAGGUGAAGAAGGAGGACACGGAGAAGGAAAACCGGGAGGUAGGAGACUGGCGCAAGAACAUCGAUGCGCUGAGUGGAAUGGAAGGACGCAAGAAAAAGUUUGAGGGCUGAGCUGGCCUGUGCACAGCCCUGGCCCUGGCCCUGAGGAUGGCCCCAAGGAAUAAAGCUUCUCUCUGAGCUGGGA